AUGAGAGGAAAUCAAUCACAUGGCUUCCACGUCAUGGAGGAAACAUCCCAAUUCACCUUGCAUAACGGCAUUCGCUGCUUUUAUCUAUGGGAGACGAUUCACUGUCAGUGUACCCACGACAUCCAAUUCCAGCCAUUUCACCAGCCUGUCACCUCCUUCCACCGUCGCCGGCGCCGGAAAACAAUCUGCGGCACACCUCUUUUACUCAUCAAGUCCUUUACUCUCAUUUAUCUUCAGGAGCUUCCAUUCAUCAUUCAUAGCCACUUCUUUCCCCUCCGCUCAAGUUCGCGCCGCCGCGCAGCCGCCGUUUGUCGAUGCGCCGCUACCAAACCUAAACGAACGACGAAGAUAACGCGCCGAGCCAAUCGAGAUUAUCCCUACAAAUUAUUCUUUACACGUUUCCCUUCUUCCCAGCAAGUCUCAGAGGAGCAAAAACAUCGCACAGCAGCAGCAGAAGUCGCAGCCAUGGUCGUGCAUGGCUCGUCGGGGACGACGUCGCUCUCACGCGGCGAGACCCUGACGCUCCUGACGGUCGCGGGCGCCUCGCUCGCCGUGCUGGCCAACACGUUCCACGGGGACGGCGAGCCGCUCGUCGCGUCGCUCGCACUCUCCUUGGCCGCCUUUGCACUCUGCUACGCCAUGAUUCGCUGGCUGGGGCCGACGUUUGUCGCGGCCGGCUUCCGCGGCCGCGACCUCCUCAAGCCUCGCCGGCCUGAGCUGCCCGAGUGCAUGGGCGCCGUCUGCGCCGCCGUCUAUCUCCUGACCGUCAUCAUCUUCAUCCCCUUUCCCUUUUACAAGGACAUUGUCGCCGCCACGAGCGGCGGCGGCAACCGCGACGUCGUCCUCAAGGCCGAGCAUGUCAACGAGGGCCGCUUCCUCCACCGCUUCCCGCACAGCAAGCUUGCUUCGUAUCUCGGCGCCAUCAUCUCUCUGCAGACUAUCGCCCUGCUCGGCAUCGGCGACGACCUCUUCGACAUUCGCUGGCGUCACAAGUGGUGGAUCCCCGGCCUGGCGUCCAUUCCCAUCCUCGUCGUCUACUUUGUCGAUUUUGACGUGACGAGCAUCGUCAUCCCUGUGCAGCUGCAACCCUUCCUCGGUGAGCUCUUCGACGUCGGCCCGCUGUACUACGUCUACAUGGCCUGCAUCGCCAUGUUUUGCCCCCAGAGCAUCAACAUGCUCGCGGGCAUCAACGGCAUCGAAGUCUCUCAGUGCGUCGUCGUCGCCCUCCUCCUCGCCUUCAACGACGUUCUCUACCUCGCCACCCCCUACCCGCAUCCGGCCACCGACUCUCACCUUUUCUCGCUCUACUUCCUGCUGCCCUGGAUCGGCGUCUCCGCCGCCCUCCUCUGCCACAACUGGUACCCCGCCCGCGUUUUCGUCGGCGACACCUACUGCUACUUCUCUGGCAUGGUCUUUGCCGUCGUCGGCAUCCUCGGUCACUUCUCCAAGACACUCGGCCUUCUGCUCGUACCGCAAUUCUUCAACUUUGCCUACUCGACGCCCCAGAUCUUCGGUCUCAUCCCCUGCCCACGCCACCGCAUGCCCCGCUUCAACGCCCGCACAGGGCUGCUCGAGCCCUCUAUUACCCCCUGGUCCGCCGACCGCCAACCGCACCCGAUCAUUGCCUUGGGGCUCCGCCUGCUCGCUCAAUUUCGCCUCCUCAAGAUCGUCAUCGACGAUGAGGGCCGCUUCGUCGAGACGAGCAACUUUACCCUACUGAAUCUGUGGCUCGUCUGGCGCGGGCCGCUGCGCGAAGACCGUCUCGCCACCGAGAUCACAUUUCUGCAGCUCGGGCUUGGCCUCUUUGGUCUUUUCGCCCGACACAGACUCGCUCUGCUAGUCUUUAAGGAAGAUAAUUGGAGUACGGUACAGCAUUAG